AACAUGGAUAAUCUCACUUCCCCAACCACUUUUCUACUACUAGAAUUCUCAGAUGUUCGAGAACUACAGAUCCUUCACUUAUUUGCCUUUCUAAUACUGUACCUGACAAGCCUCAUUGGGAAUCUUCUUAUCAUUGUGGUUAUAGCUCUUGACCAUCAUCUUCACACACCAAUGUAUUUCUUCCUCAUGAAUCUGGCUAUAAUGGAUCUUGGCUCUAUUUCUGUCUCUGUUCCCAAAUCAGUGGCAAAUUCUCUUCUGAAUACCAGAUCCAUUUCUUAUUCUGGCUGUGUGGCCCAAGUACUCUUUUUUGUUCUAUUUGAGGCAUGUGAUCUUGCCCUCCUAACAGUCAUGGCUCAUGAUCGUUAUGUUGCCAUCUGCAAUCCACUCCAAUAUGAAAUAGUCAUGCAUAAAGUAGCCUGUAUUCAAAUGGCAGUCACUGCAUGGAUGAUAAGCCUUUUUUACGCUGCAGUGCAUACAGGUGGCACUUUUGCUGUCACUUUCUGUUCCAAUAUUGUCGAACAGUUCUUCUGUGAAAUUCCACAAUUAUUAAAACUCUCCUGUUCUAAUUUUUAUGUAGUUGAACUCUGGAGUAUUGCAAUAGGGAACACAAUAGGAGUUGGGUGCUUCAUCUUCAUUAUUGUAACGUAUGUGCAGAUUUUUCUUACAGUGCUCAGAAUCCCUUCUCUCCAUGGCAAGAAAAAAGCCCUCUCCACUUGCCUUCCUCACCUCCUUGUUAUUUCGGUAUUUAUAUUUAGUGUUGUCUUUGCCUAUGCAAAGCCUCCUGGUAAAGUUUCAUCUAAUAUGGAUAUGGCUUUUGCAAUGGUUUAUGCUGUAACACCUCCUAUAUUGAAUCCAUUCAUCUAUAGCAUAAGAAACAAAGAGAUCAAGAGCGCUUUGUGGAAACUUCUGUCCUGUGGUAUUUCCAGCAUUUAUUACAAUACUAUGUGUCUAUAUGGCAAUUAUUGA